AUAAGUGCUUUUAUUUCAAACUUCAAAUCCUAACUAUUUUAAUUAAUGCUGCAAACGUCACAAAAUCGUACUGUGUGGUCAAUUACUAGCUAGCUAGUUGGAAUUAAUACGUUUGCUGUUCUCUACAAGAUCAAAGGAGACACCGUCGUUGCUAGGACACACGCCAACAUAACUAGCUAAACAGUUAAGUAAAGCUAGGAGUCUUAGGUUAGUUCUGUUACACCAUUUCAAAGGUAAUUAGCUAGCUAGCUAUAUGAAAAUAAAACGCUUCUAGUAAAAUCGUUGUAAACUCAACUAGCCUAGACAAAUGAAGACUGAGAAUCAGGAUUCAGAUCCCCUGAAAGUCAGGAUUUUGUUGUGGGCAAACUUGAGUUACAGUGAUAUGGAGGAAAUUGACCAAACAGAGUCUAUAACAGACAUUGAAAGAAUUCUAUUUCAUGCACUGAACAUUGAUGUGCCUGAGCCACGACUGGGAAUUUUACUUGAGUUAUACACAAAUAUAGUGCUGUUCUGCAGGAAGAGACAUUAUAACAGAGAGCAAACCUCAGUUCUUCUCUCCAUUGUAAAGAGUGUGCAUCAGGUCAACAUAGAAACUCCCCUUAACAACAUGGACCAGUGUUUCUCCUACUUCACAGAGCUUCUCCUUUGUCAUUCUGUCAGAAGACCUCCCUUCAGCAUCAGUCUUUUCAGUUUGGAACAAGUGACAGACAUUACAAAAUACUUUAUCAACACAUAUAUGAGACACUAUAUGUUAUACAAGUACAUAUUUACACCUCAGAUGUAUAUGGACUUAUCUUUGACUUAUACUGGAAUGCCUGAGAGUACUGAUACAGAAGAACUUGCCAGCUCUGAUAAUGGAACAAAAAAGGAUGCAGAGAGAAGAAAUGAGCAAGGCGUAGUUUCCACAGAAACGUUGACUACAGACACAGAGGGUGCAUGUAAACGAGUUAUCCAAGUUCCCCAUGCCAUUGACACGGCACACCCCUUUUUGAAACUUGGCUGAUAACAGCUUGCAUGGUCCAAAUCUUCUUUGACCCAGAAAAUCUGAUGGCUGUAUUUUCCAAAAAUUAUUUGUCAGACCACAAAAUGUACUUCCGCUGUGCUACUGUCCACCUCAGAAUAGAACGGGUUCAGAGAUUGGUGUGGUGCAACUGUACAGUGCACUUGUUCAUGGUUUCUUCUUUGCAUUGUACAUAUACACAGGAUAAUAUGUAAAAUAUCCUAUGCCAUUAGAACACCACUAGAGAUUCAUAUUCUUCAAUCCAGUGAUCGUGAGCUCCUCUCAGGGCUCAUAAGGUAGGCAUCUCUUUUUGUCGGUGUUUUGUUGAUUUAAGACCACGACACCUCCAGAAGGCUCAACAGUGGGGUCUGGCAUCCCAGCGUCACUCACCUCAAAGGUCACUUUUAAACCAAGCCAGAUCUCUGUAAACACAACGCCACUAGCAAACACAACCUGUAAAAUCCAUGAUGGCCUUCAUGGCAACUAAGGCCAUACCCAGCCCCGUUAAUGUGGCACUGUUAAUGUGCUCAGUGCCACCAGUUCCACAUGGAUUUUACUUGUUACAAUAGCAAGUAUUCUCCAACACAACAGAUCCAUCCUGGCCUCCCCAGUGACUAAAACUGGCAGCGUUAUGCUUGCUCCACAACAUUUGUUACAUCUGGAUCUACCACUUUACACAGUGACAUGACAACCUCAGCCACUCCUCUGUUCUGAUUACUCCUUCACAGCUACUCCUAAUUUUCUGGCCAUAAUAUCUGUUUACUUUCAGGGUACAACACCAUGUCCAGCCUCAGUGUAGUUAAUGUAAUACACUGAGACCUGUAGAUUUUUACCUAUGCCUACAAGCAAUAACCAAUCUCACACUUCACGCCAGCUUUAACUUUCAUCUGUGGAUUCAUCAGCAAAUGGUUUACUAAAGUAUCCUUGAACCCAUGCCCUAAGAUCCAUUACAGAUGCAAGGUGAUUGUGAAGGCAUUUGAGAUCUGCAAUCACAAACAUUCAUGUUGUUUUUGGCCUUGACCUUUAUGCACAAGAUUUGAGCAGACUCCUUGGACCUUUUAAUUGUAUUGUGUACUGCAGAGGGCGAUAUGUCUAAAAUCCUGCAAGUUUGUCUUUUUGGGAGCAUUGUUAUUAAAGUGCUGGUUAUUCACUGAUCUAUUUGUUGGCAAAUUGGCAAGCCUCAGCCCAUGUUUGCUCUUUAAGAACUAGGCCUUUCUUGGAGACUCCUUUUAUACUACAGCACAGUUGUCCACCUGUUUCAAAUCACCUUGUUACAUGGUUAUUAGCCCUAAAUUGCCCAAUUCAAAUUUUUUUGGCUUAGUUAUAGGUAUCUUAAUAAACAUGAGUUUAUUAAAA